UUUAUUAACACCUGUCUACAGUCGCUGGUCAUAGAGAAGUUUGGUGAAGAGACAUGGGAAAAAUUGAAAGCUUCUGCAGAAGUACAAGAUACCUUCAUGACCUAUACAGUGUAUGAUGACAUCAUCACCAUGAAACUCAUUCAAGAGGCUUGCAAGGUUCUGGGUGUGUCCAUGGAAGCCAUUCUGAAGCUCUUUGGAGAAUACUUCUUUAAAUUCUGUAAGAUGUCUGGCUAUGACAGGAUGCUGCGGACAUUAGGAGGAAACCUCACAGAAUUUAUUGAAAACCUAGAUGCCCUCCAUAGUUAUCUGGCACUCUCUUAUCAGGAGAUGAAUGCACCAUCAUUUCGUGUGGAGAGAGGAGCAGAUGGGGAAAUGCUCCUCCAUUACUACUCUGACAGAAGUGGUCUGUGCCAUAUAGUACCAGGUAUCAUUGAGGCUGUGGCUAAGGACUUUUUCGACAUUGAUGUGACCUUGGAUAUACUUGACAUGAAUGAGGAGGUGGGGAGAACAGGGAAGAAAGAACAUGUUGUAUUUCUGGUUAUGCAGAAGGCUUGCAGGCAGAUAAGAAAGGCAAGGCCAAACAAGUUACAAGACCCAGAGGACAUCCCGAGAGACCAACAGGCUCUUGAGACAGCUUUCCUCAGGAUGAAGGAAAAAUAUUUGAGUGUGUCUGUUUAUCCUGGGAAGAAAUCCCCCUGGGAUGUGGUGAGGGGGAUAGUCAUGUUUGGAAAAGGGCGCCUCAGGGACUCCUUCGAGCCCAUGUAUCCUGAGAAGCUCUGGAUUGAAGAGAGGACGUUCUGCAAUGCUUUUCCUUUCCACAUUGUCUUUGAUGAAACACUGAGGAUCAAACAAGCUGGUGUGAAUAUUCAGAAGUAUGUCCCAGGACUCCAGACCCAAAAGAUCCGACUAGAUGAGUAUUUCUCCAUCGUUCAUCCUCAAGUUACCUUCAACAUUUUCAGCAUUUGCAAGUUUAUCAACAGCCAAUUUGUCCUGAAGACGCGGAGAGAAAUGAUGCCAGAAACAUGGCAACAUCAGCCCACACUCAAACUUCGAGGCCAGAUGAUCUGGAUGGAGUCACUGCGAUGCAUGAUAUUCAUGUGCUCACCAAAGCUCCGCAGCCUGCAAGAGCUGGAGGAGCAUAAGAUGCACCUCUCAGAUAUUGCCCCCCACGACACCACCAGGGACCUCAUCCUCCUCAACCAGCAGCGUCUGGCAGAGAUGGAGCUGUCCAACCAGUUGGAGAUGAAAAAGGAAGAGCUGCGCAUCCUCUCCAAGCACCUGGCCAUCGAAAAGAAGAAGACAGAGACCUUGCUGUACGCUAUGCUGCCGGAACAUGUAGCCAAUCAGCUAAAGGAGGGCAAAAAGGUCGCCGCAGGAGAAUUUGAAACCUGCACAAUCCUUUUCAGUGAUGUGGUAACAUUUACUAACAUCUGUGCUGCCUGUGAACCUAUCCAGAUAGUGAACAUGCUGAAUUCAAUGUACUCCAAGUUUGACAGACUAACCAGUGUCCAUGAAGUCUACAAAGUGGAAACAAUAGGUGAUGCUUAUAUGGUAGUUGGAGGUGUGCCAGUUCCUAUUGGAAGCCAUGCUCAAAGGGUGGCGAAUUUUGCCUUGGGGAUGAGAAUUUCUGCAAAGGAAGUGAUGAAUCCUGUUACUGGAGAACCCAUCCAGAUCAGAGUGGGGAUCCACACUGGACCAGUCUUAGCAGGUGUUGUGGGAGACAAGAUGCCACGGUACUGCUUGUUUGGUGACACUGUGAACACAGCCUCUAGGAUGGAAAGUCAUGGGCUUCCCAACAAAGUGCACCUCAGCCCUACAGCCUACAGAGCCUUGGAAAAUCAAGGAUUUGAAAUCACGGAGAGGGGUGAAAUUGAGGUGAAAGGAAAAGGGAAAAUGACCACAUACUUUCUGAUUCAGAACUUGAAUGCUACAGAGGAUGAGAUUAUGGGAAGGCACAAAACUCCACUUGAUGACAAAGCUUCUGAUGAAGCUCCACUCUCCAGGAACCCAAAUGCAGGAGGGGACUCCAUGGAAUCAGCUGAUCACCAACCAUCCACAGAUCAGAUCAAGAUAAGUCCUUUUCCUAAUGACCCCAGGCUAUCUGCUUUCUGCAUUUUGUUGUAG